AUGGACCACUUUCCGCGACUACGCCCGCAUCGGCGCAAAAGAGACAUCACCGCUCCCAGUUUGAUCACCACGCCCACCACCACCAAGUCAGAUAAUACUUCUGAGAAGACCGAGUCUCCUUCGGCUGAACUACACACUCGCACCGCUGCUCCUUUGCUACGCCCAGUCCGUAAGCUCAGUCCCUUUCGAGUAUUUUCACGUUCUUCCAAGAGAGCCCGCGAAUCCUCUCCCGGUUCGCACAAACAGACACCGACUGCCGCCGCCGUUAUGGCCCCCAACGGUACCGCAGACCAUCCUGCUUCGCCGGCCGAGAGCAAGACGUCUUUAGGGCAACAAGUCAAGAAGGGGGACCGGCCCAAGAUCCCUUCUUUCCUGGAACUCAAUGAAAAUGAAAUCGAAAACAAGUUCCAAGAGAUCAUCUGGCUCGAGCGCAAGCGCAUCCUAGAAGCGACACAGAACCCCUCUCGAGAUUUCCGCUGGGCCCGCGUAAUGGGACCACACCUUCGACAGCUCGACAGAUACGGCAACAUACAACCCUGGCACAAUAACCGAAUCAAGCUUCAGGUGCCUGAGGGCAAGAUCGACUACAUCAAUGCCUCGCCCAUUGUCCUGAACCCGACGGUUCUCACCACGGCCGAUGGGGAGACGAGUAACACACAAGAGCCGGAUCGCUACAUCGCCAUGCAGGGCCCUAAACGGUGUACAACCGACCAUGUAUGGCGCAUGGCAGUUGAGCAGCUCGAGAGCCCCGGCGUGAUCGUCAUGUUGACCGAGACCCACGAGGGCGACUAUGAGAAAUGUUAUCAGUACUUUCCCCGGACGCCGGAGGAUCCUCCACUGGAAAUCAACGAGCGGGACGAGUUCGGCGAUGGCUUCCGCGCCACAGUUCGGUGCACAGGGAUCGAGGAUACACCGGCCGGCGAUGCCAUUGAGCUUCGCAAGAUGGUGAUUCGUGUGCACAAGCCGGUUCCCAGGAAGAGCGUAGACAGCAAGAGCAACGGAUCCCAGAGCAAGAGGCAAACCCCAGAACCGGAAAGCGCAACCACCGAGGAACCCAAUAUCACGUCGCCUUUGACCCAGAUGGCAAAGGAGACGGAAGCAAACCUCACGAUCAGCGAACCAGAAGAGACGGUGGGCCGGAACUCUGGAGAGGAGGAAGUCGAAGAGCGCAUUGUGUGGCACUUCCUCUACAAGAAGUGGCCCGACUUUGGCGUCCCGGAUUUCGCCGAUCUCGACAGCUUCUUUAUGCUCAUGGGCCUAUCUCGAGAGAAGAAUGCCGGCCCCCACAACCCUCGCAUCGUCCACUGCAGCGCGGGCGUUGGCCGCAGCGGUACCUUCAUAGCGCUGGAGCACCUCAUGCGGGAGCUGGACGCGGGAGUGUUGGAGAACUGGGACGAGCGCACCGCUGGCGGCGAGUCCGAGUCGCCUUCUGCAAGGACGUCGCAGGAGGAAGUCAUGUCACCCACCAGCAGCACAAUGGGCGGAGAGGAUAACGACUUGAUUUUCCAGGUGGUCAAUCAGCUCAGAGAGCAGCGGAAGACCAUGGUGCAGGCCGAGAGCCAGUACCUGUUUAUUUACCAGGUCAUGCGUAAGCUGUGGCUGGACAAGUACGGAGGUGAUGGUGAUGACUCGAGCUCGGGAGAGAGGGCGGCCAAGAGGCUGGAGGUUGAUCCUGGUGAUCCCUUCUAUGUGAAUGGGUACUCGAAGAAGUAG